UAACGAUAUUAAAUAAAUUAUUUAUGGAAGAGGUUAAAAGGAUCUGUCAAUCUGACGAAGGGAAGAGUUGUAGAAUACCGAAGGAGUCGACGCUGCCCCGAUAUCUCAGUGGUGAGAUACCAAACCGAAACACCCGCAAAAAAAGAGAAAAUGAUUUCCUCCUCAACCUCAUCCUCCUUGUCGAACAUCCCGCCAACGCCGUCGCAGCCCACCGCCCCGACCUUCUCCGAUCCUCCGUCCUCGCCUGAAUCUCCGUCGCGCCGAAUCAAAUCAAGCCCGCAGCUGAACCGCUGGUCAAGAGCUCGCGCCGUACGGUCCGGCCGUAAAUUGAUCCGCCCGGUCGAGAGAUCUGCUGAUGUGAUGACUGCCGCCGACUCUCCGGCGAUUCUAGUCUCCGAUACUAAUAAUAGUAAUGGUAGUGGAAAUGAGCUGCCGCUUUUUAGCGACGGUGGGGAGGGGUUAGCCGCAGCUAAGUCGAUAUACAUGGUUUCUGACGGAACGGGGUGGACGGUGGAGCAUUCCGUCACCGCUGCGUUGGGUCAGUUUGAGCAUUGUUUGGUGGAUCGGGUUUGCCCGAUUAAUACCCAUUUGUUUUCGGGGAUUGAUGAUGUAGACCGAUUGAUGGAGGUGGUCGCGCAAGCGGCCAAGGAAGGAGCAAUGCUAGUAUACACUCUCGCAGAUCCUUCAAUCGCCGAAUCAGCUCGACAAGCCUGCCUGCUGUGGGGUGUGACAUCUCUCGACGUUCUUAGCCCCAUAACCGAAGCCGUUGCUUCUCAUCUCGGCGUGUCUCCUUCCGGCCUCUCCAGGUGGGCUCCCGGGCGGAACAGCUCGCUCGGGGAGGACUACUUUCGCAGGAUUGAGGCCAUCGAGUUCACCAUGAAGCAAGAUGACGGAGCAUUUCCCCGGAACCUCCAUCAGGCCGAUAUCGUCCUCACGGGUGUGUCUCGUACCGGGAAGACACCGUUGUCCAUAUACCUCGCGCAGAAAGGGUACAAAGUGGCGAAUGUGCCUAUUGUCAUGAAUGUUGACCUCCCGAAGAUGCUAUUCGAGGUCGAUCCUGAGAAGGUGUUCGCUCUCACGAUCAAUCCGGUCGCAUUGCGAUCGAUCCGACGAGCAAGGGCGAAGACGUUGGGGUUGGGGGAUAGUGUGAUGAAAUGCAACUAUUCAGAAAUGGACUACGUUAAACAAGAGCUUGAGUUUGCUAGCAAGAUUUUCCAGCAGAAUCCCAUUUGGCCUGUGAUUGAGGUUACAGCUAAAGCAAUUGAGGAAACUGCUGCAAUUGUGCUGAGGCUUUACCAUGAUAGGAAAAAUAGAUGUUUAAUGCCUAGGAUUUCGAAACGCUACUGAAUCUAUGUAUUUUCUCGUGAAAUGCAUUAUAAAGGUGUAGUUUAUCUAUUAAGUCUCUAUAGCAAUUUCCUCUGCCCCAUAUUAACAUCUGAACUUUCCCUUUUAUUUUAUUUAACGUUUUUCAUCCGAUUUCUUAGAAUACCACAUUCCUGUUCUGAAAUGCAUAAGUUAAUUUAAAUAGGGCCCGAUGAUAUAGCUAUGUGAUUGUGAACUCCUGAAAUAUCCCAGUUGGAUAUAUGAAUAUAUAGUUAUGUUCUGUAUUUUAAUUGUUUGACCAAAAGAUGGAAGUUGAAGGUAUAUAUAUCCAGACAUGGAGAUCAAUUCUGCCAACUGAUCUGGAUCUGGAUUUUGUUGGAGCAUAGAGUCUACAGGUGCUGAACACUAGAGCCAUGAUCCAACUGAAGGAAGACACUUUUCUUGGAGAUGGAGCUCAUGGUGCACUCCCACAACCCAAAACAUAGCCGAAUGGGGUCAGGUUUGGGGCUUUGGUUGCUAUAAUACGAAAUAGUUGUUUCCUUGUAUAUCCUAUCAAUGAUAAUAUAGUAAAAAUUCCUGGCUUACCAAAGGCCUCAGGUAAAUUGGGUAAACAACAAUCUUGUGUUCUUUACUGCUUCUCGUUAUUAUUGUGCUGUGUUAUUUCCUGACGGAUUUUGAUUGUUUUUAGUGUGGUAGUUUCACAGUUU